AUGAAAGCAAUUAUUAAGGUGGCAAGAACUGGUAAAAAAUCUUCCCAAGAAUGCGACAAGCAAGUCCGUGAGGUAGAAGGUAAAAUUAAUAAGGCUUACAUAAAUAAGGGUAGGCGUUCUAUAUUGACUGAAAACAACGAUGAGCUUGUUGAUGCCGGAAAUGAUGGAUCAAAACAAUUCCUACCCUUUAAUCAUAUACGUAAAGCUAAUCAGAAUAUAGACGCUGAUUUGUCAUUACCGGAAUUUGUGGAAAUCUUUAAUUUCUUAAAUUCGAAAUUAAAAGCAGUCAAGAAUCGUCAUACUUAUAAGGAUAUGGAGUAG